AUGGUCAAUUGGCAAAUCGCUUCUUUUUCGGUCUCGACAAGCGCGGCCGGAGAAACAUCCGAUGCGCUCUAUGCCAACGGCCGGAUGCAGGUGCUGGUGAAUAUUCAGAUCAAGGCAAUCGUUCCCGACAGCGAUAGCAGCAGCACUCCUUACACCUUGUCCAAGCAUGAGCUCGACUCCAUCCGUCUGAUGGACUACUUUACUCACGCCGAACUUGCCAAUCACGGAAACGGCUGGGUGUGGAGCACAAAGAAGUCACCGUUUGCCGGCAGUCUAUAUUCUACGGGCAUGGCUGAGUUCCAGGCAGAGGCCGACAGUCAGCUGGUACAGCUUUGGGUCUCGAGUACAAUCUCAGAGAAGAAAAGCAUCGGCGCCAGUAUCAGGCAACCCGACAAUACCGUGGUCAGGACCAGCGAUUCCUCGUAUAAUUCCUACAUUGUGUUGAAAGCGGAACCAGCUAUCGACUACACCUAUCCCGAAAAUGUCGGGUUCGAGCAAGAGAAGGCUGGUUCUGGGCAUUACGAAAUUGAUUUUGUAGGAAUAUCUGAUCCCAGUCGUCGCUGGGAUCAGGUCAAUUAUUAUCUAACUACAAAAAACCACCAUCUCCUGUACAGCGAGACCAACAGCUAUGAGGUAUAUAAGCACGACAAUCCAUAUUCAGACGAGCAUUUGGAAUGCUGUUAUGCUGGCCAGGUACGAGCAGACGUGGACGGUAGCCUAUCGCUCUUCUUCCUCUGGAAAAAUCCCCUGGGCACAAAAGCAUCCAAGCCCAGAGUAGGGCUGAAGAGCGUUGUGAAUGGCCUGUUCCCGUCGGGUCCAUGGACAGCCGAAGCGUUUGCAGACAUCACGGUCAAUGAUAAAAAGAAUAGUGUCUGCCUCAGCUAUUUGAAUUUUCGCGAUACUCCCAUGCAAGUUAUAAAUCGACUGUGGCCAGUGACUUGGGGGACGGUGGCCAAAAUAACUGUCUACGAUGUUCAUGGGAAUAAGGGUACUUUCAAAGCAUCGCACACCGACGAAAAUGACGGUGUUGUUAUCCAUAAUGAUAACUGA